AUGAACAACCCGACGCGGCUGAGCGGGUUCUGCGGCACGCCCAUCGGGCUGAAGCGCGACGGCGCGCGGCCGCCCUGGUCGCGGCGCGACAGCGAGGCGAGCGACUACAGCUGCGCCUACGAGGUCGACGUCGACGGCCUCGACGAGGGCGACCUCGUGAAGCUCAAGCUGCCGGAGCUCCCCGCGCACGUGCGCGACGCCUUCCGCGCCGUCGCCCGGGGCGACGCGGCGGCACUCGAGGCCGCGCUCGACGGGGAUGAACGGUUAGUUUACUGCGCGAACCAGGGCGGCUCGUCGCUCCUCGAGGUCGCGCGGGAGCGCGGCCACGACGCCUGCGUGGACGUGCUGCGGCGGCGGGAGCGCGCGAACGCGCUCCUGCGCACGCCCGCGGUCCCCGAGGAGGCGUCCGUCGCGUCGACGGAAUCGCCGCCGUCCGCGGCGCCGGCCUGGUACGACACGCCCGCCCGGGCCAUCUGGACGCCGCCGCUGAAGCGCACGCCCAAGGCUAUGCCGCUGGACGACUGGCUCGAGGCGCAGGAGCUCGGGCCGCUGUCCGAGAGCCUGAGCGACAUGGCCGGCGACGUCGACGACCUGAAGGAGAUGACGGACGACGACGUCGACGAGCUCCUCGCGGCGGCGACGGCCCUCUUCGCCAGCGCGACGCUGCGGGACUCCUGCGAGUCGCGGCUCCGCGACUCGCUCCGGGCCAUCGGCGCGAACGUCUCCGCGUCGUCCGGCGGCCGGCGGCGACCGCGGCGAGCGGCGACGGCGGGCGACGGCGGCGACGGCGCGAGCCUCGGCGCCGUCGACGACUUCGACGAGCGCGGCGACUUCGACGACGACGACGCCGCCGGCGAGGUGCCGGCCGUGCGGCCCUGCCUCGUGUUGUCGCCCGCGGAGGCCGAGGGCGUCACGAACCAGGUGUGCGCGCCGCCGGAUCCGCCGGCGGUGUCGCCGCCGACGCCCGACCCCAAGGCGCCGCCGGACCUGCCGCCCUUCUCCGAGCUCGGCAAGGACGGCAACUUCACGACGCCGCGGCCGGCGCGCGGCGCCGGCGACCCGUUCUCCGAGGCGCGCGACGCGCGGGACCCGUGGCCCGCGUGCCCCUUCUCGGAGCUGAGCCACACGGUCUCGCCCGUCCGCGACGAGGGGGCGUAA